UACGUUCCGCUCUGGGAGUAAACAGUUGAAAGUGAAACUCCAAACCGAAGGAUAAGGACUCCCUCUAAUCCACGGAGAUGUUAUCGGUGGAGGCUUUUCUAUGAAUUGCAACCCUAUCCAAAAACAUGGAAUCACCAGCAGACUAUCCACAGCCAGAAGGCCCUGCAGAUCCCUCUGCUAAACAGUCAGCUGUAAGAACUCUGGACAAGAACUCUGGCCAAAAAGACAAUGACGGAAGUCAAGAUAACCCAUUAAAUAGAACACCCACAGAGAAGAAUACUACAGUUCCUUAUAUUGCUGGCGUACCACCAGUUGAAGGGGAUAAAGCUGAUAGCUUACAGAAUGGGGACAAGAACUCUGGCCAACAAGCCAAUAAUGGAAGUCAAGAUAAUCCAUCAAAUAUGGAGAAAUCACCUGGUGAUCAUCGGAGUCCAAGUGGUCCUACAGAUGUUAAUACAGAAACACCUACAGGGAAGAAUACUGCAGUUCCCUCUGUUGCUGAUUUACCACCAGUUGAAGGGGGUGCGGGUUCAGAUGAAGGCCAAAGCUUACCAGCUGUGGACAAUAUCUCUGGCCAUAAAGCCAAUGAUGGAAAUCAAGAUAACCCAUCAAAUAGUGAGAAAUCAACUGGUGAUCAUCAGAGUCCAAGUGGUCCUACAGAUGUUAAUACAGGAACACCUACAGAGAAGAAGACUACAGUUCCCUCUAUUGCUGACGUACCACCAGUUGAAGGGGGUGCGGGUUCAGAUGAAGGCCAAAGCUUACCAGCUGUGGACAAUAUCUCUGGCCAACAAGCCAAUGAUGGAAGUCAAGAUAACCCAUCAAAUAGUGAGAAAUCACCUGGUGAUCGUCGGAGUCCAAGUGGUCCUACAGGAACACCCACAGAGAAGAAGACUACAGUUCCCUAUAUUGCUGACGUACCACCAGUUGAAGGGGCUGAUAGCUUACAGAAUGGGGACAAGAAUUCUGGCCAACAAGCCAAUAAUGGAAGUCAAGAUAAUCCAUCAAAUAGUGAGAAAUCACCUGGUGAUCCUCAGAGUCCUAGUGGUCCUACAGAUUUGUCAAGUACCUCAGCAGUGUCUCAAAAGGAACCUCCAAAUGAAGAAAUAGAAAAACAGAAGAUGAGCAAAAAAGAAGAGGUUGAACUCAUUGGUCCGACCGCUACACAAACUGUACUUGAAGAAAAAACUGGAAUCCUUGGAGGAGGCGUGAAACCAUUGGUAAUAGUGGUUCUCGUGGCACUUGUUGCCAUCGUGGGACAGUAUUACCUCCGAUCUAAAUCUCCACCUCAGAAGACUGAUUGGCAACAAGUAGAUGUCUUUCUCAAGCAGAUGAAAAAAGUAAAAGCGAGGUUUCCCAAUCAGCGUGACGAGCUCUGGAGCAGGAGUGAAAUCCACCUGAAGAGGCACCUCCAGACCAGCCAACCCACGGAGCCCGUGAGCCUGAUCCUGACGUCAGGCGUCAGAGCCGAGAGGACCAUGCGCUGCCUGGCUCAGGGUGUGGCCUCCGCCUUCUCCACCGCCCGCAACGCUUCCGUCCUCCACAUCGACGGAGCGGGCAAAGCCGGCCAAGACAGCGACCAGGUCAAACUGGACAUCGACAGAAAGCUGCAAGGGGCUUUCGAGGGAGACAAACCCGUAGCGGUGAUUCACCGCCUGGAAGAGCUGCCGCCGGGCUCCACGCUCAUCUUCUACCGCUACUGCGAUCACGAGAACGCCGCCUACAAGAAGACUUUUCUGAUCUUCACGGUGCUGCUGGGUGACGAAGAGGAGAUCCCGGCCGAGAUGCGCCUGAGCGUCGUGGAGGAGAUGGUGGACGACUACCUGCAGAAGAGGUUUCUGUCUCACGAUCACCCGGUAUCUUUCGACAGGAUGGAUCUCAACAAGUACGGUGGACUGUGGAGUCGCAUUUCCCACCUCAUCCUGCCGGUGGCGGCAGAGGACAGAAUAGAGCAAGAAGGAUGCUAGAGGACUCAACUCUGUUCUGAGUUUUGGGUCUGAGCACUGGAUUAGCACACAGCUGUAACAUCUCUUUCUGGAGCUCUUUGCUGUGGUUUUAAACACACAAAUAUUUCUAAUAGCAAUUUUAUUGAAAUUCAGUUGCAUCACUAUAUUAAGUCUCAGUCGAAAGUGAGAAUCCUGUAAAAAUUUCAUUUAUUAUGAAGAAGUCUGACAAGAAGGCUUAUGCACUUUAUUCUUUUAAUCCUUUGUUGAAUUCAUAAGUGGGAUGGGAAAUGUUAGUUGGAUGUUGGAGCGGCGGGAUUUUUAACUGCUGCUUUUUAAACACACUCAAUGUAAAAUAAAUCACAUUCGCACAACUUUCACAACAUAAUAGAGCAGGCAUCACAACAUAAGGUUCAUAAUUUUAGUUUCUGCAGUGACUCUGAUUGGCACCAUGUGCCUUAAAAGUAGGCCUCUGAUUUUCUUUUUGUCAACCAUGUUCCGGAUAGAAAAGAAUAUGAGUUAAAUGUGCCUUAAAAUACAAAUAAACACUUAUUUUAAUUUAAAA